GACGCCUUUGAUCACCAUAGAAACGGAACGAGCAAGGGCCUGUGUGGUUUAGUUAAGAUUGAGUAGUUGUUUUAUAAAUAAGUAGUCUGUGGGUUUGGAUGCUGUUUUUCGCCCAGUUUGAUGCACUGAAUGCCCAGCGAUUUCUGACAUGAUUUUCAUAUGCGGCGUUGUCUGUUGCCCGGUGCUUGGUCCCUAAAAGUUUUAAAGUCGGACCCAGCCGUCGUCUCAAUCCGCUCGUUUUAGGAAUCUUUACAGAAUAAGAAUUUCCUGCGGCCAUGGAUUUAAAUUUAAACCGCGUCGACUACCUGCAGGUAGGAGUGACUUCCCAAAAGACCAUGAAGCUGCUACCUGCAUCAGGACGCAGAGCAAUCCAAAAGGUGGUCAUUGCAGAUCAUGAUGGAAUGGUUACUUGUUUUGGUAUUAAAAAGGGAGAAGCAGUUCCAGUGUUCAAGACCUUGCCAGGACAUAAAGUUUCCAGAUUGGAACUAGGAGGAGCCAUUGGUACUCCACAGGAGAAAAUCUUUAUCAGUGUUGGUUCAGAAGUGCGAGGCUUCACUAAGAAGGGGAAGCAGUUUCUUUCAUUUGAAACUAACCUAACGGAGAUUAUUCGAGCUAUGUACGUGUCUGGUGCAGACCUUUUCUUGUGUGCAAACUAUAUCUAUAAUCACUACUGUGACUGUAAAGAUCAGGACUAUUACCUUUCCAGUGACAAGAUCGAUGAUAUAAUCUGCUUACCAGUGGAAAAAAUAGGUCACAUUACACCCAUACUAGCCUGCCAAGAUCGGGUGCUCAGAGUUUUGAAGGGAUCUGACCUGUUGUAUGAAGUGGAAGUUCCUGGAGCACCUAAAGUCCUAGCAUUACACAAUGGAAAUGGAGGGGACACGGGAGAAGACCUACUUUACGGAACAUGUGAUGGGAAAUUAGGACUGGUCCAGAUCACAAAAAGCUCUCCAUUGCAUCGUUGGGAAAUCUCCAAUGAGAAAAAGAGGGGAGGCGUUCUGUGUGUUGACUACUAUGAUGUUCUGGGAGACGGAGUCAAAGAGCUGCUUGUUGGCCGUGAUGAUGGAAUAGUGGAAAUGUAUGGGUUCAAUGACAACAAUGAGCCUGUUCUUCGAUUUGAACAUACUUUGGCUGAAAGCAUCACUUCUAUUCAAGGAGGGUGUGUUGGCAAAGAGGGUUAUGAUGAAGUGUUGACUGCAACAUACACAGGCUGGGUGAUGGGUCUAACAACCGAGCCAGUUCAGAGAGAGGCAGGGCCUUCUGAUGCUCUGAAGCUGAACCAGGAGAUGCAGAAUAAAGUCAUGAAUAUCAGGGUAGAGUUGGAGCAGUUACAGAUGAAGGUACUUCAAGAGCGUGAGAAAUACCAGCAAUCAGCGCAAUCGAGUGCUGCAGUUUCAGCGGUGCCUGUCUUUAGUGUGAAUGAUAAGUUCACUCUGAAUCGUGAUGAUGCGAGCUAUAGUCUCACCAUAGAAGUGCAGACAGCUAUCGACAAUGUACUACUACAGAGUGAUGUCCCAAUAGAUCUAUUGGAUGUGGACAAAAAUUCAGCAGUGGUCAGCUUCAGUGGAUGUGAUGCAGAGAAUGGCAACUUUCUUCUGGCAACUUAUCGAUGCCAAGCAAAUACCACCAGGUUGGAACUAAAGAUUCGUUCCAUAGAAGGACAACAUGGAACACUACAAGCCUAUAUUACCCCACGUCUCCAACCUAAGACCUGCCAGGUCCAUCAGUAUCGGAUUAAACCACUGUCACUUCAUCAGAGAACACAUGCUAUUGAUCACAACAGGCCUGUGAAUACACUGAUACUCACAGGACAGUUCAGCUUUGCAGAAAUUCAUUCCUGGGUUGUCUUUUGUCUGCCUGAAGUACCAGAUAAAGUUCCAGUGGGUGAUAACGUCACAUUUCACUUUCAGAACACAUUCCUGGAUACACAGUUGGAAUGCACCUACAAAAAAGGUGAAGGAACUUUUAAAUCGGACAACAUCUCGACCAUUUCCAUCCUGAAAGACAUAUUGACAAAAGAAGCUACAAAAAGAAAAAUCAAUCUCAACAUCUCAUAUGAUGUUAAUGAGGAAUCCAUAAACUACACAUUAAAAUUGAUCCAUCCUAAAUUGGAACAUCAGUUGCUUUUGGCCAAGAAAGUCCAGUUAAUCGACGCUUUGAAGGAGCUGCAACUCUAUGAAGGGAAUGUGGAUUUCCUAAUACCUGAAUACCGUUGCAUUUUAGAGGAAGCUGAUAAUCUGCUGGAAGAAUAUAAGAAACAACCUGCUCACUUGGAAAGAUUAUAUGGCAUGAUAACUGACCUCUUCAUAGAUAAAUUCAAAUUCAAAGGCACCAACGUGAAAACAAAGGUUCCCCUUUUGCUGGAGAUUUUAGAUAAUUAUGAUCCUAAAAGUCUUAUGGCUUUUUUUAAUUCAGCCUAGAGAAAGUACUCAAAGCCUGUUUAAAAAGCAAUGUAAUUUCCUAACCAUGAGUGUUUUAUAGUGGUGAAAUGUUAUGAUUUGAAGCAGUAGUGGAACAGACAUUGUUUUCUUGAUGGGAAGAAUGAAUGAUCAUGCUAUUAUAAAGGUGUUUAAAGGACGAGUUUCUCUCAGUUUCCCAUCUUGAUUUCAGCAGAUGAUCUGCGGAAAUCCUGGAUAUGUGGUUAAAAACAGUUUUAAAUGCUAUUGCAUUAAAUUUCUAAAAUAGUCCCCCAGCUUUAAGCACGAGUGGGAGAAUUCUUGUGAUAUGACUCCUUAAUAUCCAGCAAAAUAAAUAAGGUGGUGUAAUAUGUUGUAAUUACUGGUGUGAGUCCGCGCAUUUUUAAAAUAGUAGUUGAUAAAUAAUUUUAAAAGAUUUUUUUGGAGUUUUGAAACAACUGGCAAAAACCCCAUUCUUUUACAGUUAUCCAGAAUGGAUGAAUGCCCAUUAAGCCCUUACGCUCACAUACAUAUUCUGCCAAUACGCAAACCUGAAGUUAGAUUCAUGGUUCAUGCAGCGUUUGUUUGGAUUUUGAGAAAUUGCCAUUCAAAGUCAAGCAUCCAUUUUGAAAUAGACUGUGAGAAUCCAGCAAAUCUUUUUUAAUAUAAUUUGCUUACUUACACACUUAUAAUUUUAUGUUAAAGCGAUAUAUGGUUGUCUUUUGAUAAUAAUGGGCAAAGCAUAAUUUUCUUAAUCUUUUUCUGAACAGCAUUAUUGCUUGUACCUGACAUCAUAAAAUAUCUGGUUAGCCUAGAGACCCUUUUUUAUGGUAACAUGUUGACCCCUAGGAUCCUAGAAGAGCAGUUUCCAUCUACACUAUUUUGAAAUGCACUAAAUUUUUGAUACACUGGGUUAAAAUAAAAUACACACUCGUUAAUGUUACAUACAUAAAAUAAUCAUGUCAAUUUUGUGUAAAUUCUUAAAAGAAUAUACAAUUCCCCAAAUGCAUUUAUGCAUUCUUAUUACAGGAACAUCAGUUUUUGAAAAUCUUCUAAUGUUAUUGUUCAUUCCCAUCCUCAAAAUUUCUGUUAAAUUUCCAGAGCUGAAAUCUUACCUACUAACUUUGUAACUGAUGAAUGUGUGAGAGGAAUAGUCUUUUUAUGUGACAAAUACAGUCCAUCACAUCUCUCCAAUAGUAUUAUAUUGAAGCAGAUGUUUGAAGUAUUUUCCAGCUUUUGUUCUUUUGUUUCGCUGUUAGUCAUCGAUGUAGUGAUUGUAUUGUAAAUAGAAUGGAUUGUAAAUAUGGUGGUGCUAAAAAAAUCAAUAAUAUUAAAUUUGAAUAUGUUCAUCAAA